CCAGGCCCACAAGAGCCCAUCUGAUUUGCCAUAAACGAGCGAGACGAGUUGGGUUUCUGUCUUGGCUACGCCUUCUCUCGUCUCUCGCCGCCUAGCGCGUGCCGCCGUCGGCCCCAUCGCCUUCGAGCAUCAGCCAUGGCAGAACAGACUGAGAAGGCUUUCCUGAAGCAGCCUAAGGUGUUCCUCUGCUCAAAGAAGACCACAAAGGGGAAUAAUAAGCCUGGCAAGGAGGGCAGCAGGUUCUGGAAGAGUGUUGGCCUUGGUUUCAAGACUCCCAAGGAAGCCAUUGAGGGAACCUACAUUGAUAAGAAGUGCCCAUUCACUGGCACUGUGUCAGUUAGAGGUCGCAUCAUUGCUGGAACAUGUCAUAGUGCUAAAAUGAACAGGACCAUCAUUGUUCGUAGGAACUACCUUCACUAUGUCAAAAAAUACCAGAGGUAUGAGAAGAGGCACUCCAACAUCCCUGCCCACAUUUCCCCUUGCUUCCGUGUGAGAGAAGGAGAUCACGUGAUCAUUGGCCAGUGCAGGCCGCUGUCCAAGACGGUGCGGUUCAAUGUGUUGAAGGUGGUCCCAGCAGGGUCAAAGAGUGGUGCGGUGAAGAAGGCGUUCACCGGUGCCUGAGCAAGUCAUAGCAGAAUCCAAAACUUUUUUACCAUUAAAUUUUGACAGUUACAUCUAUAUUGUGCUAUCUGUUUGUACUAGGGUUUUAUCUCAAGAGUUCUCCAAACUUCAAGCUAAGAGUGAGUGGUUUAGUGAAGUUAUGUUCAGAGUGCUUCGUGAAGAUUAUUGAUGCGGUUACCUGGUUACCCGUUAAUAUACAUCACUCGUUUUUUGCUUCU